GGUAGCUUUACAAUCCUAAUAGGGAUAAAUAAUUGAUAUUUUAGCAAAGUCCUUUGUGAUUUAGGGUCUAGCCUAAAUUUGAUUUUAAUUAGCAUUCUAUAUGGUUAAAACUAAAACUAUUAAGCGGUCUUAAACCGUAGGCUAAUCACUAGAACUAGAAGCCGAAAUCAUUAUUAUUUCUGUAAACGGUUGACCUCGACGGUUAAACAGCUAUAAAUGAGAUUCAUCGCAUCCGAACUUCUUCGGAACAAUAUAUUUUCGAAUUUAUUUUCACACCAAAGUCUCUUAUACCUUCCUUUCUUUUUCAUUUUCCCGCCCCUCUUCUUGGUAGAGAGAAAAAGAACAUAAACUUCUGGUUUUAUCUGCAAAUGACUCAAUUUCUGACCAGGUUUUUCUUCUUUUCGAUGUUAAUAAUAGUCUUGAGGUGUUAUUCAAGUACUGUAAGGGGUGAAAAGGAGAGAACUUUAGGCAUAAUAAAGCCAGAUGGAUUAUCUGGUAACUAUACUAACAGAAUAAAACAAGUUAUUCUGGAAUCAGGUUUCGAAAUCAGUAAGGAAAUGGUGAUUCAACUUGAUGAACAAGAUGCAACUAAUUUUUAUGCCGAGCACUCUUCCAAGAUCUUCUUUACUGAUCUUAUCAGAUACAUGACUAGUGGUCCGGUGUUAGUUAUGAUUUUAGAGAAGGAAGAUGCGGUUGCUCAUUGGCGAGAUUUGAUUGGACCCACUGAUGCCGGCAAGGCUAAAAUUACUCAUCCUCAUAGCAUUAGAGCAAUUUGCGGGAAAGAUUUAGAAAAGAACUGUAUACAUGGUUCAGAUUCCCAUCAAUCAGCUGAAAGGGAGAUUGCAUUUUUCUUCAAAGAGGCACCUUCAGAUGAAGCAGUCAGAAAACAUGAUGAACUGUAACUGGAAAAUCCAAACUGCCGACAUUGGAGCUACUUUGCAUUCUCCGUUUUGAUUUAACAUGUAAGAACUUUACUGUUCUAAAUUACAAACUGUCGUAUUUGGAAAAUGGUUUAGUUUGGUUUGUAACUGUAGCAACAGAAUGAGAAGUAAAUGUACUGAGUGAAUAUUAUAGUAGGUAUGUUUUCUUUUGUUGAACAGUUUUUCCUUUUAAGUGUAAGCUAAACAUUUAUGCCCUCUCAAACCAAAUAGAGUGGAGUUUCUGUACAUUGUUAUAAAAUAAAAUAAUUUUGAAGUCUCUUUUAAAACAA